AUGUCCUCCGAUGAGGGACACGACGAAGAAAGCGCUACGUACAAUGACAAGCCUCAAGACGGGCAGGAGCCGUUGCACAUCCUUGUGGCAGACUUGCAAGAGAAGAUGUUGACAGUGGAAGCAAAGUUAGAACGAUACCAAGACCAAGGAGUUCGAAAGCGACCAUCAACUUCGAGGCCUUCCCUCAAAGAAGCACCGGUGGCUACAAGUAUGAUUUCGAUGCAGAUGGACUUGGAACCAAUGGACGACGACGAAGACGACGAAGACGAUGUUGCAGCCUUUCCACACAGUACAGUCUCAUUCCUCUUGCUCGCAAAAUGGCCACUGUGUGGGCACAGUCCACCCGAGGAUGCUAUAGAAUGCAGCCAACAAGGACAUGUCGUUAGAGCAAAGCAUCGGUCUCGUGACUAUAUGUGUCUUCCAUUUUGGUUCUCAUGGGGCAUUGUUGCAUUGCAAGCUGGGAUUUAUGCUCUUGCCUUAUCCAAUGCAAUAGAUAUCACCAAUCCCAAAAACCCACUCAAUAUCCCUGUCAAUGUAGAUCCCUUUACUCGCACUGCUGAGCUGAUUGCCGUUGCUAUCACUGUGUACACACAAAACAACAUUUUCCAGGGUCUCGAUCUCUUUGUACAAAAUUUCAAGUAUAUCCGUGAGGUGCCAGGUGUGACAGUAUACAAGUACUACCUCGCAGCCUUGACGCAAGUCAACAUUGGUAUCUUUGGUAUCUUUGUAACCUUCUUGAUCAUCAUGCAAUCUCAAGAAGUCGUGGAUCUGUUGCUGAAUUUCACCGCCAUGGAGUUUGUAGCUAGUCUGGAUGACGCAGCGUUUGAUUUGGCUUGGAGAGGUUUCUUUGGAAGAGCCAUGAAGGACACUGCAAGUGUUGUUGCAGAGGUGAAGUACGCCCCAAAGGACAAGCACAAAUGGCUGCGAAAGUGGCCACUUUUCGUUGUACUCUUGGUUUUGAUGGGGUGUUAUGCUCUGAUCCGAAUAAUGCAGGACAAUCGCAUGUUUGGAGACAAUGAGGUUUAUAUCCAGCUGCACGACGAUGCCAUUCCAUGGCUUUCAACGUUGUCUGGAAUGUACAUUGGUUGCUACUUGCCCAUGGCGGAUUAUUCCGAUAUACGUGAAAGGACUGAUUCAAGUAUUGGGCGAAUCAUCUACACGAAGCUGCCAACUGAUCGGUGUGAAGGCAACUGGCAGAAUGAGCAUGCGGCCUUCUUUUACUGCGGUGAAAGCUGGGUAUUUGCCGUCGGCGAUGACAUGAUGUACCCUUGUGACCAAUGGACGUUGAGGUCCUUUAAGUCUAGCUCAGCCAACAUUGAUGCUUACGACAUCUUGACGCAUUCCACCGAUCCAUGGUUCGCAAAGGACGAGAAGAACAUCUCGAAGGAUGGAGUUCUCGAAACGGUGGAAUUUUUGGCCUCUUUCGUUCCCAGUGAGCAUGUCGACUUGCUUUGUAAUGAUCUAGGGUCGGAAGGGUUCGCUUUCAACUUUCCAGUUUACGAACGCUUGGAUAUUUUCAUCGGAGACCGUCCCGUGUAUUACGCAGACGCGGAGUUAUUGGAGAAUGAAAUCAAUGGGGAAUACAUUAUAUACAGUGGAAGGCGGUGGCUGGCCAUCAAGGAAAAAUACUUGAAUCUCGAUUGCAUAUCUGACUGCAGUCGAACUUUCAUUGAUGCUCCAUGUCGCACUGAGUGCCUCCGAUCCUUCGAUCUCUACGCCUCAAAUUAUACCGUGCAUUUGAUCAGUGACCCAUUGGAUCUCAGAACAACCGCUGAUACCUGGGUGCCUACCGAUGAUCUGAGAUGGUAUGCCGCUGAAGGCCACGGGAGGGCUUCCAAGCCGCACAUCGUCAAGAAGACUCUGCUUCAGCAUAUCCAAGACAUUCCAGUCGUGUUGGAAGCUGGGAGCGCCAAGAAUGCUACGAACCAGCAGCUGGCUGAGAUGGAAGAGCUCUUUGUUCCAUCUGCAAAUCUUCAUUGUGCAUGUGACGACAAGCACGAGGAAGACUGCCACGGUAUCCUAUACUGUCCAGAUGGCGGAACCAAAGUGUGGAUUGAUCUGAAAACGGACUCUCAUGCGCAUGAAAUCCACUUUUUGGUGACAGAAUUAGGUUAUUUCCAUGAUACUCUGGUACAGGCAUCACAGAUGCAUCCUUAUUUUGAGUGGGGCGAUUUGAAAAAGGAAGCGAACGGGUAUGAGGUGUUGAAUGACACUGGCCAUUUCGAUUGGCACCAUGUCCAAAGCGGUUCGUUUGCCCACUUGGAAGAGUACAUGUACGUGAGCUGCUUGCCAAAGGAUAAAUGUGGAGUGGUAUAUUUUGAAGACACCUUUGGUGAUGGCAUUGCAAAUCCUGGAAGCUUUGAGGUGUACGCGAAUGGUAAAGCUUUGCACAGCGAGGGUGAAACUGAGUUGGUGUCGAAGAAGAAUUGUGCAUACCACUUUGGAGAAACUUGCGAGACGGAAGUUAUUUGUUCUGAUCGCCCCUUGGAUGUAGCAGAUUUCUUCGCCACUGGCUUCUGA